GUGUCAUCGGUCCGUAUAUAAGCGCAAGUCCGUAUCAAUCCAAAUAUCAUUCGCUCAACACCAGCUUGUAAAGCAAUAUCGACUUCUUUCAACUCGUCAACCAACCAAACCAAACAAAUACCAAAAAUGAACGCCAUCAUGAAAAUCACAUUAGCCGCCGUUGCAGUGUUCGCGUCCGCCAUGAUGACCGCAUCUGCCAAACCUGCUGAACUAGUGCCCGCCGCCGCCAUCGCUCCGGUGGCCGUUGCUACGCCCUACGCUAGCUCGUUCACGUCACACAGCGUGGCCCACAGUGUGGCCACUCCGGUCGUACCAGCCGCCGCUCCGUACGUGGCCGCUGCUCCAUACGCCGCUGCUCCAUACGCCGCGGCGCCCUACGUCGCAGCACCCUACGCGGCUGCCCCUUACGCCGCCGCGGCACCUUACGUAGCAGCACCAUACGCAGCCUCCCCUUACGGUUACUACCCGUACGCCGCUCCGGCUUACCUGUAAAGCCCGUUCCGAGCGACGACGAUGACCAACACUACGAAUCAGUCGACACGCGAUAACGGACGAGAGACGACCGCAACGACUACACUGCAAACGCCACUGAUUUUUAUAAUGUUUAAAUCACAUUACUUAAAGCAAUGCGAUACAAUAUUAUAUGAUAUUCAUAAAAAUAAAUACAUCAAAUUUUGCCUCGAUACGAAUAUAAUGUGUGUAUCGUGAGUGCGUAUAUAUACACGCAAAAUGUAAUGUACGCAAAUAUUUUAAUAUAACAUGUAAAUAUACAUAACAUAUACACAUGCAAUGAAA